AUGGCAUUCAGAGAUGGAGAAUUGAUAGUACAAGAGCUGGGUUCCAAGUCAUACAAGCACCGUGAUGAUGAGGACCUGGCAAGGCAUGGUAAGAAGCAGCGGUUCCAGGUAUGGAUGGUAUCCUUAAUAUUCUUGCUUUGGAAGUGGGCUAAACAAAGGAAGAGGAACUUCGGUUUCUUGUCAAUGUUAGGCUUUACAACUACGAUGAUGUGUACCUGGGAGGCAUGCCAAUCCCACCGCGAUGCUUCUCGGAGGCCCUGUGACACUGGUUUACGGAUUCCUAUUUUGUUGUUACAGCAGCCUCGUUGGCUGAGAUGGCGUCAAUGUGCGAAGCUCCUCGGUCUGAUUGAUCUGGUAACAAAGGCGAAUGGAAUCCACAGGGCGCCUACCUCAUCCGGACAAUAUCACUGGGUAGCAAUGCUUGCCCCCAAGAGCCAGGCAGUAUUUCUAAGCUGGGUGACUGGGUGGCUUGACAUGAUAGGGUGGUGGGCAAAUACUGCUGCAGGUGUAUAUUUUGGGGCCACGGUCACCCAGGGCCUUCUCGUUUUGAAUUACCCGGAUUAUACAUUUGAACGGUGGCACGGAACUUUGCUCAUGUUCGCCGCAUUGGCUGUCUGUGUUGUGAUCAACUCUGUUGGAUCAAAGUUUCUUCCUAGGGCAGAAGGUCUUAUUCUGAUCCUUCACGUCAUGGGGUUCUUCGCUGUGCUUAUUCCACUUGUAUACAUGGCACCACACCAAAAUGCCGAGUUUGUAUUCGGCUCUUUCAUCAAUAGCUCCGGGUGGAGUAACCCGGGUCUCACCUGGUUGAUCGGUUUGAUGGGAACAAAUCUUCCAUUCAUCGGCUAUGAUGGCCCUUGUCAUAUGGCCGAAGAAGUUGUCAACGCCUCAACAAUCGUACCAUGGUGCAUGAUUAGCACAAUAUUGCUAAACGGUGCUCUGGGGUUCGCUAUUGUGCUUGCAUUCCUUUUCUGCAUUGGUGAUAUGUCGGUUUUGGAAAGCCCCACUGGGUACGAUUUCAUUGAGGUCUUUUUCAAUGCCACAAAAUCCCAUGCAGGAACGUCUGUCAUGACCGCUAUUCCGAUUGUGCUUGUAAUAUGUGCAUCUUUCGGAUUCCUAGCUUCUGCAUCACGCCUUACAUGGGCGUUCGCAAGAGAUAAGGGGCUACCGUUUGCCGACUUUCUAGCCCAUGUCAAUUCAGGCUCCGGUCUGCCUAUUCCUGCUGUUCUUCUCUGUGCCAUUAUCACGGGCUUGAUUUGCGUCAUCAAUGUGGGAUCGACCGCUGCGUUUAACGCUAUUAUUUCGCUUACUACGGCGGGUCUUUUUGCAUCAUAUGAAAUUGCAAUCGUCCUCAUGGUGAUCAAGAAGAUUAAGAACGAAAACAUCCAAUAUGGACCCUGGAUCCUUGGUCGAUUCGGUAUCAUUAUCAACAUUUCCUCUAUCUGUUUCUUGACCAUCACGAUCUUCUUCUCCUUCUUCCCGGCAAGUUUACCUGUUACACCGGAGAAUAUGAACUGGUCGGCCGUUGUAUUUCUUGGUGAGCUCUCCCUCGGCCUGUUUUGGUACGCAGUGUGGGGGAGAAAGGUCUAUCAUGGCCCGAUUGUUGAGACCGAUGUGGUCCCAGUUGGCGGUGACUUUGCUUUUGGACUUCGGGGGUAG